CGGCACAAUCGGUUGAAAAACACUGGAAUAUCCUGUUUCAUCCUCUCCGUGUGUGUAUGUUUUUGUGGAAGAUUUAAAAAAACAACAUUACACAGUACAGUUUAAUAAAGCUAGGGCGGGCACGGCCGUCCCUCAGGGCGGGCACGACCCCCUAAUGCCCGCCCAUGCGGCCGGGUCUGGUUGCUGGUUCGGUUUAGGUUAGUUGACUGGUUAGUUGCUGGUGUGUUUGAGCCUUUAGACGUGGAUAAACCAACAUGUUGUAAACAUGAGAACCCUUCGCCUCACCAUCUUUGUACUUCUAGGUGGCGCAGUUUUAACUGACAAAGUCGGUCAGAAGCUUUAUACUGUGGAGUCAGUUGUUGGAGCAGACUGUUCAGUCCCCUGCAUAACGCAGGGUAAAGCGGGAGUGCAGUAUAUGUAUCUGGCCUGGUACAAGAUGCAGAUGUUUCCCGAUUCGCCGGAGCCGCAGCGCCGAGGCCUGCUGAUCAGCUACCCUGAUGGACGGCUUGUGCACUGGGCCAAUCUGAAGCGGGAGGUGGCGCUGCGGAACGAAACCCGCGAACUCCUGCUGCCCAACGUCACUUGCGGAGACCAGGGAGAGUACGUCUGCAAACUGCAGGCGCCCGUCGGGGAGGUCAUCUUGAUGGAGUCGGUGCGACUCCUGCUGUCGGAUUGCCCUGGUUUUCCCAUCAGAAGCCCCUCAAAAAAUCCUGAAAUGAUCGUCGCUGUUUCUGUCGCAUUGACGAUUCUGCUGGUCGUCUCAAUGGGGUUUUAUUGUGGGAUUAGUACGUUCCGACAAGAAAAAAAGACUGGUUCCAGUCGUUGGAUCAACUCAGCCAAAACUCUGGAAACGCCAAGAAGAUGGGGAAAAAAGCACCGUUGGAUCCUCAUGAUAUGAAAACCGUCAAUUCCACCAUGAAUAACUGUUGAGGUAAUUAUCGAGGUUUGAUUGAUUAAAUAUUUGCUUGAUUCGGCUUCAUGGCCGCAUUAUUGCGUAAAUAGACCUUCCGAGGCAUCUUCAGCACCCACCCGCUAGCAGUUGGGCUGCUUUAAGGUCCUAACAUUUCCGAACAGGUCCGAACAAAUAACAAAAGGUCCGAACGGCGACAUAACAAAAGGUCCGAACGUAGGUCCGAACACUUCCGAACGAAGGUCCGAACACUUCCGAACGAAAAAGACCCGGAUGAAGAAAAAGACCCGGAUGUAGCAAGCCGGCGCACAGUGACGUGGAGGAGGAGGCUUCGCGUGUCAGCCAUGUUUUCCGCCGCAAUGAAGAAACAAUCGGAGAAAGAUGACAAAAACAUGGAAGCCGAGUAGCUACUGGAAGGACAUCUGCUUCAAAUAUGCCCGGGGCCAAUUCCAUUUUUCAAUUGGUAAACAGCCAGGGUCCAAGAAAUGGAAAACGGCUUUCACCGACACCAGCGCACUUUUGUUCCAGAUACCCCCAGAAGGCUAGAACAAAGGCAUGGGUUUCAGCAGGACCAUGGAGAGCAUCCAGGUAGCUGAGUGGCUCUGCUCCUGGAUUGCAGGUGGCAGAAAGACUCUACAUGACUCACGGCCAAGCAGCCUAAGACCCUGAAGUCAACAGAGUCAGUGAGUGUUUGCCUCACACUUGUCGAAGAGUUUGAGCAAGCACACAACAGGCUGUCUCUUAAUGGCUGCUUAGGAGGGAUAAGAGGAAGGACAGGGACAUGCUGCUGCAAGGCAAUGUACUUCCCAAACAGCUGCACCUGGCCAAAGAGCCUCUCCUCCAGUGAACACACUCCCGGCUGCCCCUGUGCAACACGCACAUUAAGUCAUGACUUUUGAAGAGCCUGAAAACCAUGAAGGAGAAGCUUUCCUCCGCCAGCGCACUCUGGCAUCCUAGAAGGAACCUGUGUGUUGUACCCUCCACAGUACGGGCCAUCUCCUCCGUCCCAGUAUCCUUCAUUUUAUCAUCUAUUUCUGCACUCUCAGUUUGCCCAUUAUCCUCCAUUUACACAUGCUCCUCCAGCGCAGCAUCCUCCUCUAUUUAACAAUGCUCCUCCAGUACAGCAAGCUCUUCACCAAUAUUUGUGACUUUGUUCGUCACAUCCUUUUUGCACACAUUCAUUUGUACUUUGCUCUCUUUUAUUUAUAUGGAUGACUGGAGGAGGAAUUUGCAGUAGUAGGUGUCACCAAUAUUCGUAACUUUAUUUGUCACAUCCUGUUUGCACACAUUCAUUUGCACUUCGGUAUCUUUUAUAUUUUAUUUUUUAAUACUAUAAUAUAAUAUAAUAUAUAUUAUGAAUAUUCAUGCAAAAAAUAAAAAGAAUUGCUGUCCUUACUAUGUGGUCAUGUUAUUAUUAACUGUUUUCUCCUUGGUAAUUUGUUUUAUUCUGAAUUUAUUUUCAUUGAGAAGACAUACCUAAUAAUCAUUCAAACAUAAAAUAAUCUUGCAGAUAAUUAAACUUUUUGAAAAGAUGAGAGGAUAUAUUAUGUAAGGGCCAUCUACAUUUACGUAUAUGUACACACACAUUGUUUUGGUCGUACAAGCACUGGUAGGUCUAAUGUGCCGCACUGGAUCAGUUGGUUGUGAGUUCAAAUCCCAAAAGAAACAUGACUGUUAAAGUGCCAAAACACCUAGUGAUGAAUUGACUAUAAACAUUGUUGAGAUGAUAAAGCAAGAAAAAAUGCAAAUAGUGCAGAAUUUCCUCUUUUUUUUCUCCUUUUCUUUUUCCCUCUUCCCCCUCUUUUCCCCCUCCUUCCCC